GAUGGUGUCCGUGGAAACUGGAAAGUGAAGUGUCAGACUGUUGAAUUCGUGGUUACUGUGACAUUUUAUUGAAAAGUGAUAUUGUUUUAGAUUUUUGACUGAAAUGGUGUGAGUGUUUACCUAGUUCAGCUGAAUGUUGCAAUUUGGCCGGCUCUGUGACCCACUAUGAGCAAACGUGUUCAAGACAUGCGCAACACACUUGCACCCUUUUCAUCAGAUGAGUGCGGGGAGGAGAGUGACGAGGACGUGAUCACAGACUACCUGGCCCCCAUGGAGGCCCCGCCAGUGCCCACCAACCCCUCACCACUCGUCCCCAUCAUCAGCGUCACCCCCCACUCACCUGCCGGAAAGAACUACCCAGUAUUAGAUGAUAACCUUCAGCAACUCCAUGAGAUCCAGGAGAGUAUACAGCAGAUGAGAGAUGUGACGGCCCAGGCCCUUAGUACACAGAUCCUGAGGCUGAAUGAACAGUAUGCCCGACUGAGUGCAUCGUGCCCCUCGCUGAACGCUCCUGGCUCGGACCCUGACUUGGUGACAAGCGUCAACACGUCGCCCACCCACGCCCACCCGGCCGCCAGCCUCAUCGCUCCCGGCCUCUCACACCUACUCGGCCACAAACGAGGGUCAGCAGACUGGCAAGUGCGGGGGACGUUGGAGGUGGAGGGCACGAGAAGGCGGAGUUGGGCGGCGUUGGAAGACCUCACCAAUGGCAAAGAGCUGCGAAAACCUCAUGAUCGGCAGCGCAGUUGGUGUUCCAGUAUCAGCCUGAGCAGUCUGGAGUCUGAGAAUGAUGACCCGUUCUCCACCAGUACUGCCAACCUGCUGGGAGGAGACAAGCGGCGAGGUAGUGCUCGUGGUGCCCGCACUGGUAGGACUACUGGUACCUCUUCCACCCAUUCUCUUAACGAGGCAGAUCUACAGAAUGACUUCAACAAGCUGCUGGCCAAGAGGGAGGCGGAGAGCAGACUGCUGCAGGCGCGUCUGCCACUACAGAAGUCUGUGUCUACACCUAGUAUCCUGGCAGCCCAGCUGGUGGCGGGAGCUCCACCCAGUGAUCCCACCGCUGCCGUCUUGCCUGUUGGUCGGCCAAGCGGGACGGAGAGCGAGACAGAGGAGGAAGUGUUGGCAGCACUGCUGGACUCGACCAAACAUGACGACCAACUGCGACACCUGCUCAGGAAUGCGGUCUACGAUGAUACAUCAGAAAAAAGGCGAAAAAGAGGGAGCCUCUUCUUUAGGAAAAAGAAGGACAAGAGCAAGAAGCCUGCCCAUCACUGGGUGUCUGCAUGCUACGGCUCCCCACAGAUCUGUGACUGGUGCUCCAAGUCUCUCACUAACAAGCCUGCCCUCUACUGCGAGAAUUGCACGAUAACCGUUCACCAGAACUCCUGCAAGGAACACAUACUAGAAUGCUCCAAGUCUAAGGUGUCCAAGAGUGCACCGAAGCUAACCAAUCAGAGCAAGUCUGUAAACAAACGAAGUAACCAACCUACACAGAACCAGUGUUCCUCUCCAAGCAGUCAGAUCAUCAGCGAGGACAAGGAAGAUGGACACCACCACCCGCACCAUGACGCUUUCAACUACCCCGACGAUGUACCUUUAGUUCCUCUUGAAUUCUUAGAUGAAAGUCCUAUAACUGCCAAUGACCUAGACACAGAUCCCUUCCUUGGACUGCAAGACGAAGAGCCAGAUUCAUGGACGCCUACCGUUGGAAAAGAAGUAACAAAAAAGCUGAAAGACAAAGAGAUCAAACGGCAAGAACACAUCUACGAGUUCAUCCUGACGGAGAAACAUCACUGUCUCACACUGCGGGUGAUGCAGAAGGUCUUUGUGGAUGGCCUCCAGAAGUACUUCCAGCUAGGACCGAAUGUGGGCAGGAUGUUUCCCCGACUGACUGAUCUGACAGAAAUCCAUCUGAGGUUCCUGCAACGACUGAGAGCCAGACAACGGUUGGCACCACUGGUGGACAGCUUGGGCGAUGUGCUCCUGGAGCAGUUCUCUGGCCAGGAAGCGGCCAGGUUGAAGGCGGCGUAUGGGGAGUUCUGCAGCAGGCAUCGUGAUGCUGUAGAUAUCUACAAAUACUACCUUAGUCAUGACAGGCGCUUCCAGGAGUUUGUCAAACACUGUCAGUUGAAUCCACUACUGAAGAAAAAGGGAAUUCCGGAAUGUAUAUUGUUUGUAACACAACGAUUAACAAAGUACCCUCUGCUCAUCGAACCAUUAAUAAAAACUUCCAAAGAAAACAAAUUAGAACAAGAAAAAUUGUCAAAAGCAUUGGCUCUUGUCAAGGAAAUCUUGGUAGAAGUGGAUGCACAAGUAGCAGAAAAAGAGAAGGAGGACCGUAAGCUGGAAAUAUACAAUAGGAUAGAAGCGAAGUCAUUCACCACACAUAGAGGGGCCAAGUUCAAAAAGUCUGAUAUACUUUCUGACAACAGAAAACUGAGGUUUGAAGGAGUCGCAACACUGAUGCAAGGCAGGGGCAAGAUGCAAGUUGUCCUUGUUAUUGUUUUGUCUGACGUUUUGUUCUUCCUGUUAGAAAACAACCACAAAUAUACCUUCUUUACACCAGACAACAAGGCAGGCGUGGUAUCCCUACAGAAGCUGCUGGUGAGGGAGAAGGCUGGACAGGAGUCAAGAGGAAUCUAUCUGAUUUCCUCUAACCCCGCAGAACCUGAAAUGUUUGAGCUCAAAGUCCAAAACCCUCGCAAUAAACAAGUUUGGAUUCAAGCAAUCAGGUCUGCUGUCCAGAAUUGUCCUGAAGAUGAUGAUGACACAAGUGCUCUUAGUUCAGAAGAAAGACAAAAAGUGCUGGAAGCGAAACAGAACCAGAUACACCAAAUUGUUGGAGUACUGAGGCAGAAGGAUUUGGAGCAGGCGCUGAUAUUGGAGGAGAAGAUGGCUCUGCAGCUGCGGCUCGUAGCAGCGGCUGGAGUAACGGGUGUUCCGGAGCCUCCCUCCUACUGUCACCUGGUCACCGACGACACCGAUCUCAACCAGAUGUGGAAGGAAGUACUGUCGGCAGUCAGGAAAGUGAACCAGUUGGCCAGCUCACUAUAUGCAUCCGGAACCAACCUGUCACGCAGUGUCAGCUCGGUCGGGGAACACCAGAGCGAGACGUAUGUGUCACCCACGUUACCAAAGAGAGCUGAGACUUUUGGGGGCUUCGACAAUGCCAACAAGGACCCCGGGGCACUCAAUAAAGGUCUCCUGAAGAAGCAGCACCAACAACAGAUGCAGCAGUUGCAGCAACUACAACAGCAGCAGACUCAGCACCUGCAGAGUCAGUUACAGCUACAGCAGACGACAGCCACACAGCCACCUAGUAGAGAGCCUUCAGUCAGCUCCAGUCCAGUGCUCACCCCAGAGACUGGCAAGGGUUCACCCAAACUGUCCCUUGUUCUGCAGGAACCUUGGCUGGGGUGCAACAGUGAUCUACCAGCUCUUCUCAGUCUGGGACACGAACAGCAGUUGGUAGCACUGCAGCUAUCCCACCAUGUAUAUACUCUCAGCUGUAUCAUCUCACAGCAGAUGACAUCCAUCGACAGCUUGCAAGCGCAACUUGCAGCGUGCAAGGCACAACUGGCCGGGGAGGAAGGGAGGGAAAGGCGGCCAAUCUACCGACACAACCAGCAGUUAGAGGAGUUGCGAAACCUGCAGGACAAGCUGACUCAUGAAAAGGAAGCGUGGCAACGUGAGCGAGAGACGGAGGAGAGAGACUUGGAGGAACGGAAGGCUCAGCUGCUGCGGUUACAGGAACAAGUACACACGGAGAAGGCGGACGUGGCGCAGCAGCGGGAACAGUUGUACAGACGGCUGGAAGUGUUGGCCAGCCAGGGGGUGGUGAUAUCACCGACACUGGGAGUAGUCACAGUGCCCGCCCCAGGGGAGGAUCCCCCACCCACGUCAGACUGUGAGCCGCUUGUGUGCUCGCCCACUGAUCCACCCCGCCGCAAGGCAGACACUGCCAAGUGGAAACAACACAAAGACAAGGCCAGCACGCUGCCUCUCAACCUGAUUAGUGCCACGAACCAGCAGAAGGUGUCUCCGAAUGUGCAAAUAAAGCAGCAACUGCCGUUGAAGUUGGCCACCAAGCUGGGAAGUGGGAGUAGCACCCUGCCACCGGGUUUAGGCAGUGGUGGUGGCGGACCUCAGCAGAUGUUACCUCUUAAGCUGAGCUCAGGACAAGGAGGUGAGAGGCGGUCCACCGGAGGCUACCAGAGGUUGGGCAGUCCACCCGAUGCCCCGCCAAUGCCUAGUCAUACCCGCACUGGUUCCAGCCCUGCCAUGAUGCAGAAUGUACCGAGCAUGGAGGGGCGCACAGGUAACAAGGCUGGACGCACCAACACGUACCCCAAACUGCCGGAGAGAUUUCGCGUGCGCAGUCCGGACACUCAGCCUCCACCCUCUGAGGAGGAGGUGAUAUUCUUCUGAACAUGAGCUAUACUGAUGGGCCCCUGUGCAGCCUGCACCCUCUUGUAACACUAAGGCUCUAACAUUGGCUGUGUCUAGUUCAGUUACUUGUCUCCCUUUAUUGGAGACUGCUCUUGAUGUUUGGACCUGUCCUAGUCUAAGAUCAUUUUACUAUUGGAAAGUCUUAUACAUUUUGGGUUUGCAAAGAAAACAUUGUAUGAUGCUGUAGCAAUUUUUAAUUACCAGGCAAUCAUGUUUACACUUUUUUGUGCAAAUGUGGUGUAUGACUUAGUGGCUAAGUUUGAAGAAAUAAUAUAAUGAGAUAUAAUGCCUUCUAUAUUUUACUCUGUUCUGAAUUUAUUAUUAGCUGUCCUAUCCUUGAACAGUAAGUAAAUGCUACAUAAAUGAAAGGCAUUUCUUAUAUGUAAGACCAAUAAAUCGAUUAAUUAUAUAAUUUGCAUGUAUUUAUAUAUUUGAGUAGUACAAUUGCAAAUAUUUGCUUAAACUACCACCGUUUAAUCAGAUAUCUUUUAUUAGAAAACACUAUAUUAGAUCUCAAAAAGAUAUUUUAAAUAACUACAAAAUCAUGUGUAAGGCAAUCUUUUUGGAAAAUUGUCAUAAAAUGUAAAAUGUGUCCUGGGGAAAGUUUCAGUGAGUAAAUCUCUCAAUACAUUCACAAUUUUUAUUGUUAUUUGUUACGUCAAAGUUCCAAAGAAAUAGUUUACUCUGUAUAAUGAUACUAAGUAUAUCAUUUAAAGAAAUCAAUACUAUCUGAGAUUUCAGUAGAGAAUCAAGCUAUCUUAAUGAUGCUUGCACAUUUUUUAUCAAACAACCCACAAUUGAUGUGUCCAUCCUUUACAAAUUGUAGCUCUUUUAUAUCCACUACUUGUAUUUAGUGAUAUACAAUAAGGUUUGGGAUGUGACUGAUGAUUUAACAUUCAAUGAGUAUCUCGUAUAUUUGCAUGCAAUAAGAGCUGGUGGCCAUACGGUCUAAAGCAUCAGAUUUUAAGUCUGGAUUAUAUUAUCUCACCAUAGAUUUAAUCUGGUCUAGAUCAGAACACAUUUUAUUGGUACUCCCCUUUGCUUGCAGUAUUUCUCAUUUACUUUGCUUGCUAAGUUCUCCAUAUAGAUUCUGUAAUCAUUGGGUAGUGGGUUGGGAAAUGCUGAACAUAGGAAAGGCCAAUUCCUAUAAACAAUAAUAAUUUUGUUACAUAUCCUGUGUGAGAUAAGUGAGCUGAAUGAACAUCGCAAGGUAAUGCACAGGUGAUGGUGCUAAAGUUCAGUGAAGCUAUUAUACACACAGCGCUCAAAUAUCAAUCCAAAGAGAGGUUUAAAAUAAAAUAACUUUUGGCCCAUAGCCAAUUUUAAAUAAGAAGCGAAUUUUUGAGCGGUUUUUAGUGGAUUAUUAAUGUCUUCAUUUGCAGGUGCAAAGUUUUAAUAUACCUGCAUUUAUUAAGUUAAUUUGUAAAAAUAAUUUAUUAAACAUGAUUGAACAACAAUGUUCUUCUUAUUCAAAAUUGGAUAUUGUUCAAAAGUUACUCAUAUCCUUAAAGACUAAAUAAAAAAAUAACUACAGAAUUAAAUAUUUAGGCAACAUUAAGUAACAAAAAUGUUGCCACAAAAUGAUGUCACAACAGCCACUAAGUUGUAUAUCAAUACAUGACAUUUGCUUUCACCAAACUUUAUUACAGAGGCAUAAAACAUUAUUUAUGAAUUAAACUUAAUAUUGAUAAAUAAAAAUUAGUUUUAAAUAUUUGCAUAAAGAACAUUUACAUAUUUUGAACUUUGCAAAAACUAUAUUAUACAGACUUAGUUUUUGGUAGGCCUGCUGUUUCUUUCUAUUUGGAGUUGAUAUCUUUAGAGUUUAAUCAAUAUUCUUAAAUUUACAGUAGCAUAUUAUUAAUCCAAAUUACUAUAGUCGUUCAUGUUACUUAGAGUUUCAAAAGUGAUUGAUAUUUUCCUUGAUGUUGUAUUGUAAUUUAUGGCAAUAUUAGUUUAGUAUAAAAAAUUGUACUGCUGGAAAUGUCAGUAUUUACCCCGUUCUUGUGGGUUUACUAUUUUUCACUACAAAUUUGAUUACUUAUAUUAUACUUAUCAAGUAGUAAUGCAAGUUAAGCAUAUAUCAUGUAUAAAUUAUUUACAAGUGCACCUAUUAAAUUAUUUAAUAGGUUGCCUAUAUUUUUAACUGUAAUUAUAUAUUGUGUAUGUUAAAAAUCAGUUUUAAGUAUCCCAUUAACACAUAUUUAUACUGCAGGUUUUUGCUACUUAUAUUGCUAUUAUUAAUUACUUAGUAUUAACUUUCCAUUUUCCCAUCAGAAAACUUGUAAAGUCCAGCCUGCUUUGGACCAUAAGCAGACUAUAUUGUUAAUAUUCUUAACAGAUUGGUCAAUUGCCCAUCAUGUUUAGAGUUGUAUUGAGUGGAGGAACGUAGAGAAAAAUUCAAUAUGAGUAAAAUUUGAAGUUUGAAAAUUUAUUUUGAAAAAUUAAUGUAAAAUGUACGUCAAGCAAGACCAAGCAAGGCUGAAAAGUGUCUGUUAACAAAGCCAUUAUGUAUUGCUAUGCAAAAAUAAAAAUAUAAACGUUUUAUAAAGUUCUACUGUAAAUUGGCUUGUCAAAAUUAGUUUGUUAAAAUCAAGUUAUAAAUAGAAAUAAUACAGCCACUUCCCUAGCCUUUUUUUAUUCCAUUGCAAAUUUAGUGCUUAAAAUUGUUUUAAGCGUAAUAUUAGUAUGACCUGUUAAGUUUAUACGUAACUGAUAGUGAACUAUAAAGUAAAUAAUAUCCAACAUAUAGUGGCAGAUGUAACUUAUGAAAUACAGUGGACAGUAAAAAAGCAUUGCUAUAAUCUAAAAUUAACAUGGUGGAUCAGGCACUUUGAUCUCUGAAUUUCAACACAGAACACAAUCACAAUCUUUCAGUUACCUGUCUAUUCUGUAGAAUAUACACAUCAUGUACAUAAUUAGAGUAUGUAAGUAAAAUAAACAAAUGGUAUUGUAAAAGUUGUAAACGAGACUCAAAAAUUUUGCCUCUCAACUGGUUAGUGUACAAUAAGAAAAAAGGAGAAGAAGUUUUAUCAUUAAAACCUUUUUGGAUAUAAGCUGGAGCAUGUUUAUGAAGUUAUAGAUAAGGAAAUCGCCACAAACAUACAUUUCACUAAAUUUAUAAGUUAUCCUUACCAUAAUAUGAUUUAAAAAUGAACUUUUAUCAGUCUACUUUAAAAUGGUAUAAGUAUAAAUUUGAAUCAAGCGUCAUUUGGUUUAGAAUUAAUAACUGAGCUGAAACAAACCCUCAAAAACAUGAUGGACGUGUGCGCUGUCUGAAACAAUCAAACCGUAAUGGACUGAUGGGUAUGUGGAGAGUUGAAUAAAAUUUGCUAUUGAUUCCUUUAAUAAUGGGUUGAACAUUAAAUUGUUUUCAUUAUUAAAAGAUUAAGAAAAUUAAGUUAUGUUUGUAAGAAUCAGAUGAACUGAUAUAUUUUAAUAAUACGACUAUACCUUUCAUCUGGACUGACUGAAACUCAAAGUAUAGUUUAGUUGGGAGUCAGGGACAAUCAUUUUCUGUAAGUUGUACUCCUUAGAGAUUCUAGACCACUCAUCCGUAACUGUGUUCUCUGUAGACUAGUUUUGUCAUCUGCUGAAUUUCAGCAGCGGACAUUGAUAUUUAUGUGUUAUUGUAGUUUUGUAAAUGGAUAUGAUGAUAACACUCACGGGCGUAGUUAGUAACCCAGUGUUCUAUGUUGUUAUUGUUGGACAGGCUGCACAAGGGCCGCGUUACUCUGUUGUUAGUGUUGCCUGUUACUUGUUGUUACAACAGAAUGUUACUUCGCCCCCAUCAUCGUUGUUACUGUCCCUCAUCUUGUUGAAAUGUUGAAUCUUUAUUUCAGUUUUGUACAAUACUUUACUUUCUUUCCCGAUCUUUACCUCGAUUACAUUCACUGUGUCAUUGUAGACUUCUAGGAGACUUUUCACACUGGCUUUAUUGUGAUUUACAACUCGGUGGAUGAGAUUGAGUUAAAAAUUUACUUCUCAACAAAUAAUGUACGUAAACUUUUAUCAGUUCAGAUUCAGAACCAUUCUACUAGCCAUUUCCAAACAGUCGGUAUUGUAUUUAGAGAACUGAACAUCGAAUAGCAAAAAUAGUUUAGAAAGUAUUUUAUAAAUCUUUUACCAUAUUCAGUAUUGACUAGAAUGAGUGGAUAAUACUCCCAUUGAUUCCGUUAGACUACUAUAAAAUAGAUCCCAAUAAAGCCAAGGUCUGCCCCAAUACUGAUAACAAUAAGACAAUAAGUGUGGCUCCACAGGGAGAUUGGAUAAAGGUACAAAUCUUCCCUCAUUUCUCCCCCUCAAUGUAUCUAACUUGUAAGUAGUAUCAUUAUUGUCUAGUUUUAAGAUUGUCUUGUAAAUAACGACUUAAUAUUCUCAUUCCAUGUUACUAUUUUUAUGGUAUUUAAAUUUUAUUAUUAUCGCUCUUGAAUAUUUAUAUAAUAGUUUUAAAUAAUUAUAAGGUGUGUAAUUGUAAAGAAAAGUAUUCUGUACUCUGAUUAUUUAUUUAAUAGGUUUUUUAAUUCUGUAAUUUUUGUUAUUUUAUAAUGUUUAAGGUGUACUGAUGUUUUUAUUCAAACUUGUCUCAACCAAUCGAGUCAUCUUUGUUGAAAUAUUACAAUAUAGACAUAGUGGAAUAUUACUGAAGAUCAAAACAUAUAUAGGUACAUGAAUUAACCCAUGUAUCUGCUAUAUUUUAAAACCCCUAUUAGUAAUAUAAAUUGAUAACAUUUUUGGAUGAAACAUGUUACCAAAAAAUACAUUUUUAUGAAUAUAAAAAGCUGUACAUGCAUAGAUGUGUUUUCUUAUACAUUGAUUCUUCAGAAAAAUUUAUAAAAAUCAACAAUUAUUCGAAAUAUUUAUUUUUAAUGUGAGUUAAAGGUUUAUUACCAUUUAAAAAAUUAUAAUGUGUCUUAUAUUUGUUCCAUCAAUUUCAGAAAUCACAAAUGCAAUUAAAAUAAAUAUACUUGUGUAAAGUAAAUAAACAUUCUAUGUUAAUAUAAAUUCAUGACAAAACAAGAUGGUAGACCAUUUGAAAUAAUUACCAAUAAAAGGACAUAUUUAUUUGCCCAACAUCCCUUCACUACUCUUUUUUCAUUUACUGUGUAAAUCAUGGUAAAAAAGAUUGUACAAUUACAUUUUAAAAAUAUAAAAAUUUUAUAUCUAUUUAAAAAGAGUUAUUGCACAUCAAUUUUCAAAAUGUUUUAAUUAUUAAAACGUGUUUUAAGUCUAUCAACCUUAGAAAACAUUUAAAAAAAGAACUAAUGAAAUAAUUUCCACACUCAACAUUUUCAAAGUCAGACAUUGUGAGUUGUUGGAUGCUUGAAUAUAAAGUAUUCCUUCUUCUAUUUACAAAACGACUUAGUAGAACUGGUUUAAGGUAUUCAUUGCUCUCAAUCCGUAUUUUCAACAAAGAAGACUGAUUGACGAAAGACCAAGUUUUUAGUAUUUUAGGCAGUAUUAUUGUAUGAAGACAAUAUCUGUGUGAGCAGUGCUGUGUUGUCUUCGCAGUGUUGCACUAGUUGCUGCAUCAAUCAAGUAAUGGUAUUGACCUGCUUCUAUUCUUAUGUAUUUAUUUCUAUACUUUUGCAUUUAUUGUAUUGCUUGUAAGUUAUUUUUAGGUCAUAACUUACUAUUAUUUAGUGAACAAUAAUCGCAAAUCAUUUUACUGUGAUAAAGAAUACUAAUUAUGCUCUUUCUAAUUACUGAUUGUUUGAUGAAAAAUUAUGUUAUUUUUAUAAAGCCAGACACAUCUGCUUUGAAAUUUGAGAGGAAAGGUCGUAGGCAGAUUAAAUUUUAAAAAUAUACAAACAGUCACAAAUAAUUUUUUCUUUCCUGUUUCAAUAAAUGUUUUUCUAAAAACUUUUUUACAAAUUACAAACAAUUUCGUCAAAUAAAAUUGCUCACUGUGUAGACCAGCCCCUGGACUUAUAUAUAUAUUUUAGAGUUUAUAGAUGUCUUAAAACUCAGUUCUCCAAAAAAGUAUUUUACAUUAAAAAGCCUGGAAAAGAUCUGUACACACAUGUAAUUCUAAUGCGAAGAUAUUCUGAGUACGGGUAAUUAGACAACGUUUUGCAAACAUGUAGUCUACAGUUUUUACCACACUACUGCAGUUAAUGUCAUAAUAUUGAUCAACACUCAAACUGGAACAUGAAUAACUUCAAACUAACAAGAUAUGGUCCUCUUUGAAAAGAUCUGAUGAAGGUGGGUUUAAGCUAGACUGAUGAAUGCAAACUCAGCAAUGAGGUAGAAGAACCAUCCGAACAGAUAUGGCUAAACUGUCCUGCUAUUUGUAAACCUAAGAAAAAGUUCCUAGGAGCCUAUCUCUUGGGCUCAAAGAACAUCAGAGAACAUUUAUCCACAAAUAUAAUUGGUUUUAGCAGAAGCCUCGGAUUUGAAAGUCAAAACACAAGUAAGCCAGGUGCAAAGAUUGUUUUAGAACUAAAUGCAGGCUCUUAGACUGUUUCCCUCAUUUACGACAAAAAAAACUUAAAUUCACAUCUUCUCUGAUUUUUUGCCUUGUAAAUGCACUGCAAAAACGUUUACAGGGCACUCAAUAAAUUCCAUACUGAUACAAUAAACAUUGGUGGAUUCUUCUCUGCAGAUUACUAUACAUACUAGUACAGAAGACUAUAAUAUCCGACACACAUAAAACCAGAAUUCUCUAAGAUCUUAGAUUACUGGAGGUAUCGUGUUAAAAUUACUAAAAGACAUAAGACAUAAGAUAUUUAUUGCCGUUGAUCAUAUAUACAAUGAAAUAGGCAUUGUCAAUACACUUUUAGUAUAAAACAUACUAAUAUAGAAACAAACUAUCAUUGAAAACCACAAAACAGAUUUAAGAGACUCAAAAACAUUUACCUUACAGUUGUAAAAUAAAUAUAUAGUUUAAAAUUAAAACCCAAUGAUUUAAAACUGAAUAUUGACAUCCAUAUUUAAAAACUCGUCAAUUGAAUAAAAUGGAUUAUCUAAAAGCCACAAAUAAAAUUUUCUUUUUAAAUUACUUAUGGGAGUAACAUGAGCAAUUUCUGGAAGCUUGUUAAAAAAUCUUACACAAUUUACCAUAUGGGAUGUUCAAAAGAGCGCUUAGGUAAGGCAGUUUAGUAUCUUUUAGCUUGCUGGAAAUUUUGAUUUUUCUCGUAAACAAAUUUUAAGUUUUCCUAAAAAUUGUCACCAGAUAUAGAUGCACGACAUUCUUUUUUUAGAGAAACCAACGUAAAAACAGUUUCUUCUACUUUUAGAUUUUCUCCUUCUACAAGAUUUUUUCUUUUCUCAGAUCCGGAUGCGGCUGUGAAGUUUUCAUUCAUUCUUCAAUGUUAUAUUUAUUUUCCAAAAUAUAAAUAGUUGGUUAUACAUAUCCUUAAAUAUUACUUGAAAUUGCCAAUGCAUAUCUCUGUGCAUGUCUCUGAAUAAUUGUCCAUUUUUCAGCUACAUAUAAAAGUUUGGUUUUUUAGUUGAUUAAGCAUAAUCAAAGUGAAAAAUUGACAUACGUAACAGGAAGAAUGGUGUACAGCAAUUAUUACUGUAAAGCACAGUAUAAAUUAACAACAGAUUUGGAUUCAAGUUUUGGCAGGAAAGAUGAAGCAUACCCGGUUGUCUCAAUUUUACGUAUAGAGUACGUACUCUCAUCGUACAUUCACAAGAGAUAAUGUCAACAAGUCAUUUUCAGAUUGGUUAUUGAACUUGCCAGACCAAAGAAUGUUGGAUUAUCGGGAGUGUACUGUAGUGAGUAGUACAGUGAGUAGUGUAUGGAGAAAGUAAAAUUCACUGCCCCAAGAUAAAUUUUCCAUCAGCAUAAUACUGCUGAAAUAAUGGUAUUCCACUUUGAGUGUUGAGUAGUAUAUUUGCAAAUUAAUGAAUAUCAGUUUAACUUAAAAAAAUUAUAAUACAACUGUUGAAUACUUGGGUUUAACUUUUUAUCAUACAUAAUCUUAUCCAUCACAUAAUUUGUUCCUGGUAAUUACUUAAAAUAUUAAAAUAAUUAAAAUGUUAAAAUAUUACCCUUUCUUUUAUUGUAACCAGCGGAAGAUCACGAGGACACUCACAACAUUAGUGGGUGUAGCGUAAAAUGACAUGUUUCCAUAGCAAUGAAAGCUAAAUAUUGUUCAUUGUAAAUAAUAAAAAUAAUAUUGUUUCUUAACAAAAAUUUUGAUGUAACAUUUUAUAUUUUACAUGAGCCUAUAUAGUAUGUAUUUAGUAGUAUAGGUAUAUAUCUUUGUUUUUAUAAUUAAAUUAAAAACUAAGUUAUUGCAAAUUGUGUAUUAACAUUUUCACUGCUGGUCUACACUAGUGUCUCAUCAUACACCAUGCCGUAAGGCGUUAGCUGCAGUCUCUGUAGUUAAAAUAAUGUUAGCUUUUAUCCAAAAACUACUGUUUUAUUUAUUUAAAAACUAAUUAAUUAUUAUGAUUUUUUAUAAUAUAAAUAACUUAAAAUCUGUAAUUUUAUUAAUUUAAAUUAAUAUGACAAACAAGAAUUAAACAACAAUAUUCUUACAUCCCUUAUUGAUUACCAUGUACAAGCUGCCCACGACUUUCUUCCCUGUAAGUUUUGUGAAAACUUUUUUUCAGUUUUUAAUGACAAGGUGCUUGCAUAAUGUAAUGUUUAUAAUCACCAGCAAUCAUCUUUUAAAUACUGAAAACAAUCAAAAAUAUUUCAAAACUGUUUGGAAAUAAAUUUUAAAUUAUUACAAGCAACCAUAUUGUCUUUGAAUUCUUUGAAAAUAAUAUCAUCUAAUGUAGUACAGUGAUGCAAUGCAAUCCACAGGAGCUGUUCAUUACAGUUAUAACUUUAAAAUGAAUAGUCUGUUUUGAUUGUUAAAAGUAGACUAAUUGCGCUGAUUGCAAUAAACAACUGACAUAAUACAUUCGCUUUACGAGGUGCUUUAAACGUUACAAGACCGUAAACAGUAUCUGAUUCAUAAUAACAAUGGUGAUUACCACAUGACCUGACAGUGCUGCUGGUCACCUGUUGGUUAAUUAAUUCAUAAUUAAACAGAAAUAUUCUGAAAAAUGAUUAGUCUUGUUAAGGUGUGUAAGUGUUUCUAUGGAAAGCGUUUUGAGCAUGUGUUGUAAGUCAAUUACGUAAAAUAAUAAAUUUGGCUCUAUUUUUUAAUUGUUCUGUAGAGGUGGAUGUGAAAACUACAAAUCAUAUUAUUAUGUAGUUAUUGGAUAAUCUACAGUUAUUUCAACGACAUAGAGCUUUACUGAAAGAAAAUUAUAUGAUUAAUUUUUGUUUUCUGUUAAGAUAUUUAGAUAACACACUCAAUAAAUACGUUUUUAACUUCUGCCAUUUUUUAACUAACUUUUCCUAUAGAAUUACAGCCAAAAUUAGUAAAAUUGUAGUUUUUUUACAAUAAGCUUUAUUCCUGUAGUCGUUUCCGCUCAACUUUGUAUCCAAUGUUGGUGCUCCACUCACUUCAGAUACUAAUGCCCACAUUACUUAUUCUUAUCUGACAGUCAAGGAGGUAAAAUGUAAUACUGAAGUUGCUAGUCUUCAUCAAGUUCUAUAAAUUAAAUUGUUUUGCGAAGAAUUUUUUGAGGUAAAUUAUUUCAUUAUUUUUGUUAUGCUAAAGAAGUCACCAUAUAAAAUUAGGUAUUUUCAACACAUGAAUGUCCUAGCUCUUUAUCUCUAGUUACAAUCGGAAUCAAAGGUUUAGGUUUGUUAGUCUAGUUUUAUUAAUAUUUGUGUUGCAAACAUAAAUUUAAAUCAAACAAAAAAAUAAAAGAACCAGAUUGCUGAGGAAAAAUGUAUUUAAAGGCAAAAAUACUAAAAGGCCUACCAUGCAUGUCUUUCCAAUUUUAAGUGUAGCUAAAGAAUUGAUAUUUUUGUAUAAAUUUAAAUCGAGUUUAUAGUUGGGGUUGGCAAUAUAGUUUUAAUGUUUUUGUUUUUAAGUGAAGGAAUAAAGAUCAACAACAUUCUUAGAUAAAAUUAAACUUUAAUUUUAAAACUCUAUGUGUAUAAUUAAUUUGCAUUAGCUUUUAGAUGGAGAGUAACAUAAUAAAUGAAGGUAUUGAAUGGAACUCAGGAUUAAUCAUAUUGCUACUUUUUUUAAAUCAACAACCGUAUUAAUGAAUGUUUUAUUAAGAUCCAGUUUUUGAGAAACCAUAUUCUGUACAUUCCUACUAAAGUAGGAAUUUAUACACAAAAAUACAUCUUUUUGUAUAAAUUGUAUCUUUUCAUAAAUAUAACAUUUUAAACGUAGUUAUUAUUUUUGUCAUGAAUAACUUAUUAUAUUAUGGGAACUGUGUAUUUUUGGUAUAGUAUAUUAGUAUACAAAAAAUAAAACCAUUGUUUUUAUUUUGUACUGUGUAACUAAAAUGUGAAAUCUGUGAACUAUUGUAAUUGAACCAUUAUUGUAAUUUUGGUAACUUCAUUGUUGUUAUAGCCUCAAUUUCGUAGCGUUUUAUCUAAAAAGUUCAAUAAGUUUUCCAAAAAUCUUGAAAUUGUUGUUGAUCUACUAAAAUAUAUUGACUGGACAAUUUGAUACUAUAAUUAAUAACUGUAAAAAAUAUAUGUUAAAUUACUUCCUUUACUUUUCUUCCUAGAACAUAUUCUUAAGGUUGCCUUACCUCCUAUUCUGUAAGUAUUACUCCAUAAAACAGUGAAAUAAAGAAUCUUACAGUGUUU